AUGGCUUCCCUAUUUGGAAGUGUGUACACUGAGCUUGUUGCUCCGAAAUACACAAGAGAGAUGCAGGUUGACGACCAGGGUGCUACAUCCAUGGCGCCUCACCACCACAUCAUUUUUAGGGUUCACCAUUCAGUACCUGACGGACGCAACUCUGUCGAAUCAGAGAAUGGGUUUGCUAGACCGACUCGCCAUGGAACAAAAGAUAAUCUGGCGGUGGAGCCGACAGCACAGUAG